AUGUCUACCAAGACUGCACCUUUCGAAGGGACGACACAUAGACCACGGGCGCAGCAACGAACGGCACUCCCAGAACCUGAAGACGCUCCAAUCCCUACAUAUGAGGAAGCAAGCGGCCAUGCACCGCCUUCGGGACCUCCGCCAACCGUAACGUCAACCGCAACGUCAGCCGCACCUCCACCUGCGCCAACACCGACUGCACCAUCACGUCUCGAGGUUGCACCGCCACCAACCGACGAUGAGCUCCCUGGCUACGAUACCAUAGACCCGAAGAACACCGAGUUCCUGCUCUACAGCACUUUCAUACACACACCCAACGGUCCGGCGUAUCAACUCUCGUCGCCUAUGGACUCUUUCAACUCUCCCUUAAGAAUACGACGACUCCGCGCCGCCGAAAUACCGCUCGCACACGAACUACCCAUACCUUACGAUCGCUCACAAACCCUCUACGAAGUUGCAGACCCACCAUUCCGCGAGAAUGAGUACUACAUGGCCGGCAAAAAACCUCACUGCUACAGUGGCACGCUGCAGAUUGCAUUUGGGUGGAAAACAUGGCACAUCAGAGAAGUCGGUGGGCCGCAGUCCGCGGCCAAAGAAAUUUUGACGUGUAAAAAGGUCAAUAAUGGCGGUGGCUUGUUCGGGAAAGGCAAAUCGAAGAAUGGGGCAGUGGAGAGAGACGGGCUUACGGAGCCUUUUGAGUGGAGAGAUGCAGGCGGCAGGCUAUUGGCGACUGAGGGGCUGCAGUUGCUCCCCGGAGGUGUCGUGCCGACUGUGCGGCUGAGCGAGCAUCUGGACAGUAUGUGGAGGGAGUUAAUGAUCAGCGCUUGGGUUGCCAGGCUAUGGGCGACUUUCAGGUGA